CAGUCAGUCCGCCAGUGAGCUACCAGCUACAAGCCCGAGUCUCUGGAGUUAGCUGGAGAGCCAGCCAUGAGCUAACACGUAGCUAGUUGAGUCUUUUCAAUAUUUGCUGCCCCAUUCAGCCUCCCCGAGCCGCCUCCCCAAGGUGACUGCUAUCUAAUUAAACGGACUUAUCAUUCAGCAAUUUGUUACACCUGAAAUCUUUGGACUGACUUUACGGUCUUUAUUUCACAAUUCCUCCUGCCACCUUGGACUUUCUCCCUUUGCUACUUGCACCUUUUGGUACUCAGAGCCAUGGCAGCUGCGAAGCCGAAAGGGCAGAACUCUCUAGCCCUUCACAAAGUGAUAAUGGUGGGCAGCGGAGGAGUGGGGAAAUCGGCCCUCACCCUCCAGUUCAUGUACGAUGAGUUUGUUGAAGACUACGAGCCCACUAAGGCGGACAGUUACAGGAAGAAAGUGGUGCUGGAUGGAGAAGAGGUUCAGAUCGACAUCCUUGACACGGCUGGACAAGAGGACUACGCAGCCAUCCGCGAUAACUACUUCCGCAGCGGCGAGGGUUUUCUCUGCGUAUUUUCCAUCACAGAAAUGGAAUCAUUUGCAGCAACGGUAGACUUCAGAGAGCAGAUCCUGCGAGUGAAGGAAGAUGAGAAUGUGCCCUUUCUCUUGGUCGGCAAUAAAUCGGACCUGGACGACCGACGGCAGGUUAGCGCGGACGAGGCGAAGGCACGUGCAGAACAGUGGGGCGUGUGCUACGUGGAGACUUCCGCCAAAACCCGUGCCAACGUCGACAAGGUGUUUUUUGACCUGAUGAGAGAGAUCCGGGCGAGGAAAAUGGAGGACAGCAAAGAGAAGAACGGGAAGAAGAAAAGUAAAAGUUUGGCCAAGAGAAUUAGAGAGAGGUGUUGUAUUUUAUAGUCCUUAAAGGGGGCAGGCUCGCUGCUUAUGUAUAUAUACAUUUCUCAGACUUUUGCAUUUCUUUUGUGCCCAUGCCUGAUCAUGACUUUCUGUUCCUGGCUAACAGGGCAUCUGACCGUGCGUCAGGAAGUAGUAAGGUGGCACUCAUACACCAUUUAUAGCUCUAACUUUUUAUGUGCUGACACUCCAAAUAAUUUAUGUACUCUCUAUCUCUUACUCUGACACAUUACAGAGUGUAAUAAAUGGAUGGUGUUUUUAAUUUAGGCCUAAAGCUUGACAAGCGGCUAAGCCCUGAAAUGUUCCAAAACCUUUCAUUGUAAAGUUUGGUGGGUAUAAAAUAUUCAGAAAGUUCAAAAUGAAAGAGCUGUGGUUUAAAUGUGGAAGAUCUUGAUAGAUAGCCACUAUACAUAUAACAAUUAGUCCACCAUCUUUGGUAGGAAAGCUAAGAUAACACAAGUGUAGUGUAGAGAGUUCAUCAAGUGCCACCAAGGAAAUGUACAUUGCACCGGUGAAUCUACGAAGCAUUUGAAUUGAAGGACAGUUAUCGAAGCCAGAGCCGUAAAUUGAUGCCAUUCCUGUUUGUCAUUUUUACACCUCAAUUUUACUAUGUAUGUUUAUGGACACUUGUUUUUAAUCUGUGAAGUUUUUCCUCCUCCUCUUAUCAUAUCAACCAAUGUAAGAUAAGCGCACUAACCAUUUUCUUCCCUUCCUACUUCCAGUCACUUUGUCGAGUCUUCUCAAAUGCACAAACAACAUAGAUGAUCACUAUUAAGUCUGUUAGGGACUUAACAACACUUGAACUCAAUCCUAACAUUUCAGAAAUUUUACGUCUCAUGCUAAUGACUCUUAUUGCCUUUUUUUUUUUUGUUUGUUUCAUUUUGCGAUUAAGGAAUCCCUGGUGCUCUAAUUUAAAAAAAGAAAAAAGGUGAUUCUAUAACACUACAUCCUUUACAUGCUAUUCUGACACACAAACUUCCAGGCAUGAAAGGAUUUCUUUCACGCCUGCCUCAGACCUUGUAUUCCCCUCUUUGUUUUAGUGAAGAACAUCUCUAAUUGGGAAUAUACACUGAAAAUGAAUCAAUAGAUGGACUUUAAGGCAUAAAAUAUUUAAAAAUGAAACUGGAAAGAAAGGUGGUACCUGUCCAAAUAAAACGUUGCUCUCAGUCACCAAAGAAGAAUGCUAGCUAGUAGAAAUAAGUGCCCACUUAUGAAUUGAUGCAAAUGACAUGCGUGCAUGUUCUAGUGAGCAACAAAAGAAAGCACUACAGUAAUUGUGUUCUGAGUCACCUGGAAGAGAAAAACAAGGUUAUCAGGGCUUUAGUAACACUUGUGCAGCGCGCGUCACUGUUGCCUCUGUCCAUUGUGAAUGUGAAUAAUCCCCACAUGCUCAUCCUGUUUGCCAGUAAUCUUAGGCUGCCAAUGGUGCGCAGUGAGUUUAGAGGUCACUGACUUUGUUGGCUUCUGCUGCAGGCCACCCUGUGUCCUAAUGCUUUAGUGACAUCUUAAUGAACUUCCUGGUGUGUGUUCCUUUUAUCUUGUAGUUGGAUGAUUCUAGAGGUAGAUUAAAGGUUGAAGCAGUGUGUGGGGGGGAAAAUGGCAAAAUGAAAAUGCAGUAUGCGAUUCGCUGUUAAAUUGCAUAGACCGAAUGAUUGAUUUUUAGUCUACGACUGAGCCAUUAUUAUUAUUAUUAUUAUUAUUAUAAAACUUCUAACUUCCGCUAACUUAUUUAGUUUUUUAAUUGAGUCUCACAGCCUUCCUGAUCCAAUUUUAAACUGUAGCCCUCACCACUUAACACGAAAGGAUAACCACAAACAACAGGAUGCCCCCACGCAAGAGUCUAUGCAAAAUGCUUGCUUUAAAUGCAAAGAAGAAAUGUGAAACUUGGAAAUGGCUCAAGGCCCUAUAGGCGUCUGACGACUACAUUCGAAAGACUGAGCGGAGCAGAAGCUCUUGAGCUCAAGAAGCACGGCGUCAUACAAGUUAUUUUUAGUGUAUGUAUAUGAAAGUACUUCAAACUGGCUACGUUUACAUGGAAAAUAUUACUGAAACCCAACUGAAAAAAUCUUACUAGUUUACAUGGAUGCUAAAACAUCAAAACAUCAACCACCACAGUACUUGUUUAACAUGUUCAAAGUGGUUGUGCCCCUCUGGAGCAUCAGAUCAGAAAUAUGACAGGAGAAGAGGUUUAUUUCUCUCAACUUUAUUGACACUACUGAAUUCUUUCAACAGAAUCAAACCCUUAUCUGAUCGAUUAGUCCUUUUACUACCUGCGUGUUUCUGUCCUUCCUGAAAAGAAUGUAUUUAUUGCGAGGAGAGGGAUACGAUCUGAUUGGUUUACAUGACAUUAGUAUUUUACAAUUGAACAGAUUAUCAAAGGUUUACACCACUGCUCUCUCUCUGUUUUGUUACAUUCUGUUACAAUUGAGACGAUUAUUCUGAUAAUUGGAGGAGUAUUGGUAUCCAUGUAAAUGUUGCAAUCAAUUCCCAGAGUUAAUACAGUAGAUGUAAUGUAAAAAAAAAAGAUGAUCAUGCGUAAGAAUGUUUAGGGUAUUGUCUACUGAAAAGCACACAGUAAAGACUUCUUAGGGUGAGAGAACUCGAGCCCCUGUAUGUUAGGAACCCACGUCACCAGAAUCAAAAUGUUCUAAGGGCUAACCUCCAGUACACAACACUACGAUUGAAACACUCCUGAAAGUUAAAGUCAGACUGACAUCUGCUGUGAAGAGCCCAGAAUGUUUUGGCGAACCUUCCCUCGCUUAAGGCCAUUACAAUAUCUGCUGUGUCUUCACCGGUGAGGAUUACAGACGCUGCUUAAAGCGACCGCCAUAGUGCUUGCUUACUAUAACAUUGGCUUAACACCGUCUCAUACUAGUGUCAGUGCUUUUUGUAGGAGCGGACAUCAUCCAUAAUCCCUUUUCCUUUGAUUUCAUGUAUAGUUUAACAUACUUGAUGGCCCAAAUAUUUUCAGCAGGAUACUAAAACCGUGUGAAAACUUAGGAGCAAACUGUCCUACCGGGUAUUCAGAUAACUCGUUUUGCCUUUUUGUAUAAAUACCCUGGGAAUAAAUAAUAAAAAAUAUAUAUAUAGAUAUCUAUGUCUUUGAUUGGAUGGUUGUAUGUUUGCCAUCAGUUCAAUGUUUCCUUCAUGUUUACUUAUUUUGAACAUAACCACUAAUGUAGCCUGUCUGUGAAUGCAAGAGGUGAAGCUUACAUUUCAAUUCAUUUUUUGUGAGUUAUUUGGAAAUGGCAAAUAAAGUGGAUAUUACUAAUAA